AUGCCCCUCAACAUUGCCACAUUUUCCCCAUGGGAACAAAACCUGCCCUGGUCAUUAACGCCACUGACACUCUACAUUCAGAAGGAUUACAUCCCCAGUGGGCUGCUGAGGAAUGGUGAGCUCUCCAGCACUGCCCUGGCCAGCUCACCCAGUGCGGCAGGCAUCAAGGAGCAGGGCCAGUUCUCCAGCUCCCACGCCAUCAGGGCCAGCUCCUAUGCCUCCACACCACCGGACCUAGCUCUACUGAUUUACCCAGGUGAGAUGCAGGGCCCACUCUCCCAAGUGCUGCAAUUGGAUGCCCAAGACAGUGCACAAGACAAACCUACCCCUGCCCCCCACACUGCAUCCAGCCCUAGAUUGAAAUGUUCGAAGGUGCUAAGGAUGCGAAGCCCUGGUUUUGAUGCGCUCAUAGGAGAGCAGGAGGCUGCCCAGGCAAGGUGCCUGACGCCCCCUGGCGGCACAGACCAGACCCGCAGCUCGUUUACCCUAGAGAAACUCAAGCACGAACGCAAGGACAUGUGUGCAAAUGCCCUUGCAGCUUUGUCUACGAUGGCCAGAACUGAAAAGGGCGCCAUUAUCCACAACCCGGAGAACAUGCCUGGUGGCCAACUGGCCAUGAGGAAAAAGGAGACCCCACAACAACCCACGCUGAGGAAAAGGGGGAGCCUUGGAGUCUUCCCUCUCUCAAGCACCAAUUACAGAAAAUUGCAGCAACUCUGCUGUUUGCCAGGAGUAGGACAAAACACCUACACAGGCAGAUUCACUAUGGUUUCUGUCCUUACAGCACUCCUUCCCGUUGUGGUUAUCAGUGUCCAAGUGCUAAGCAAGGUGGGAGACUCCGUGCUGCUGGACGCAGAGUGCCCUCCCGGCUUCCAAGUGCGGGAGGCCAUCUGGCGAUCUCUCUGGCCAUCAGAGGAGCUCCUGGCCACAUUUUUUCGAGGUUCUUUGGAAACUCUGUACCACUCCCAAUUCCUGGGCCGAGUCCAGCUGCAUGGCAACCUCAGUCUGGAGCUUGGGCCCCUGAAAACUGAAGACAGUGGCAACUUCUCUUUGCUGAUGGUGGAUACAGGGGGUAAAACCUGGACCCAGACCCUGCAUCUCAAAGUGUAUGACACAGUACCCAAGCCCAUGGUUCAAGUGUUCACUGCUGCAACAGAAGAGACUCAAGCCCCCAACACCUGCCAAGUCUUCUUGUCCUGCUGGGUCUCCAACAUCAGUGACAUAACCUAUAGCUGGCGACGGGAGAGGACAAUGGACGUUGAUGCAGAACUGCACAGCUUUUUCUCAAAUGGACAGCUGCUAAGUGUCUCACUGGGACUGGGAGACCAAGAUGUGACCUAUACCUGCAUUGCCUCCAACCCCGUCAGCUGGGAUACGGCUACAGUCACUCCCUGGGAGAGUUGCCAUCCCGAGGCAGCCUCCGGGAAGGCUUCCUACAAGGAUGUGCUGCUGGUGGUCGUGCCCAUCUCGCUCUUCCUGAUUCUAGCUGGUCUCCUUGGGGUAUGGCACCAUGGCCUCUGCUCAGGGAAGAAGAAGGAUGCUAGCACUGACCGAGUGGUUCCGGAGACAGAGAAUCCCCUCGUGUAAGGUACACCAUGAGGGACAGCGUAAACUGGCGCUUGGAUCAUGAUGCGAGGCUCUGCCCAGUCACAUGAUGCUCCACACCUGGAAACUUCCAGGAUCCUCCUAACUUCCGCAAGUCUCCUUUCUGCCGCUAGAGAACAGCCAAGGAAGCCAUCACCCUGGUUCCAACCUCCUCCUUCUCCCUCCUCUUCGCACACACUGGAUCUUCUCUGGGCAAGGUGGACUGAGAAGUUGCUUCCUUAAGAGCCCUGGACAUUCUCUAGAACCCACAGAAACACUGUCUAUCCAGAGCACCCAUGCUUCUAGCACUAUAUAGAAGGAAUUAUCUAUCAAGAGACUGCCUCUAGGCCAGGUAUUGAGCCCUAAAAGAUAUCAGAUGUUUGAACUAAGAGGGAAUUUUCGCCAACCACUGCUAACUCCAACCCCAGCCCCUAGAAUCUGAGAUCCUUGUGUUCAAGAUUAUCAGAAGAAAAGUUACAGACUAAAGAAAGGUGGAAGGCAGGACUUUUUCUUCUGGCCUGAAGGACUUUCGGAUCAUCUUAGUUCAUUAAAAUGACAAAGAAUAGCUGACAUGCCAUCUUGAGAUGGAAGUCAUUUUUCUCUCCCACCCCAAGGCAGGAUUUCUCUGUGUAACAGUCCUAGAUGUCCAGGAACUCACUCUGUAGACCAGGCUGGCUUCGAACUCACAGAGAUGAAUUUAUCUCUGCCUCCUGUAUGCAGGGAUUAAAGGUGUGAGCCACCAUCACCCGGCCAAAAGUCAUUUUUCUGGUAGCACCCUAUUAAAAGGCAUCUUCAUCACCAUUAACUCUCAUGCCUCCUGCGUGAUCUGGAAUGGUGUUUGAGAGUCUCUCUAUACACACAGUUGCCAGAAAGAAAAGAGAGAGAGGGGGGGAGAGAGAGAGAGAGAGAGAGAGAGAGAGAGAGAGAGAGAGAGAGAGAGAAUUUGACCCAGCCAACAGUAAGGUCUUGCACAAUAGCAAGAGAAGCAGCUAAAUUCAGGGUAAAUCUGUCUUUCUGAAACUGGGAAAAUGGAGAACCAUGAAAAGCUACAAGGGAAGAAAACUGGAGGGGAGGGUACCAAGACAUUUUAGAAUCUGCCACGUUCAUUUUCAGGUGCAAGUGUAGAAGAUCCACCUAAGUUCAGGGGGAGAGAUAAAGUCCCUACCACUCAAUUGUAGGAUUGUCAAGGUCGCUUUGACAUACGCCAUAGAGGAUAUUGUUCUGGCCAUCUUUGGAAAAUGUAUCCUGCCAUUGAAUGAUUCUG